CCUCCCCACGAGCAGUACCUCCACACCUCCACACCUGAACGACGCACGCUGUUUUCCUCGUGAGACACCCACUCGGGAAAAAAGAAGACUUGGCUGAUAUAGACGGGUGCUGUUUCGAGUUUCGAACAAGGCAGAGAGUCUACGCUGCGGUGUGUGGUGUGCAGUGCAGUGUGCAGCAGCGAACGAAGGAGGCCGCAAGACCUGACAGUCCCGCCGUGUCUCUCUUCAAGUUCGGCUUGCCUGGUGGGAAGGAGAAAGAGAGAGAGAGCGUCGAGAGCGUCACGGUACUUCGCUCCACCACGGGAGGAGGGAGAAGCCGAAGGGGAGAGUACCCUUCCCGGCCGACGUUUACUGGGUGUGACAAAGGAGUGCUGCCGUAUGGUUAGAAGAUCUUGUCAUCUUUACCAGCGGAACAACCAGACUUCUGUAGCAAGUAUUAUAUAUUGAGACAGGAGACAGCUGACGAGCCUUCAGUGAGCAAGAGGCGCAGACACACAAAAAAAAAAGUGGGCGGUCUGCUGCUGAUCCAACACGCACCGCGAUGUGCAUCUUCUGCGAGAGGGCCAGGGCCUCUCUCGACGACCCACUGGCAGGGCUCGACGGCGUAGGGGGUUGGGAUGCUGACAACUCCACCACCACCGGCGGCAGUUCCAGCAGGUUCAACAGGGUUGCUAGGGGCAGCAGGGAAGCAACCCUUACCCUGCACCAGAAGCGCGAGGCCGAGCGAUGCGACGAGCUCAAGCGGAGGGCGCGCUUGCCGGUGACGGUCAUCACCGGCUUCCUGGGCGCGGGGAAGACGACGUUUGUGAACCACCUCCUGUCGGCGCGGCACGGGCGGAAGCUCGCGGUAAUCGAAAACGAGUUCGGAGAAGUCGCGAUCGACGACGCGCUGUUGGGGGACGGCGGCGUCGAGAGGGGAGAGGAGGCCCAACAGGUCAUCCUCAUGCCCAACGGUUGCAUGUGUUGCAGAGUCAGGGGCGACCUGGUGGAUGCGCUCAAGCGGCUUAUCGUCAGCGCGAGCGAGCGCGCCUCUUUGGGCGACGGAGACGCGCCGCCCCGGCAACAGCAGACACAACAAAAGGCAGCCAAGUCACCGCCACCGCCGUCCCCCGGCGGCGAUCAACUUGGCGAUGCCGCGGCGACGGCGGUGGCGCCGCCAUCUUCCGAGGCUGCUGCUGCUCGGGACACCGCUACUACAGGAGGGGUUAGAGGGGCGCCGGCGGCGGUGGCGGCGGCCAAGUUGGACGGGAUAAUCCUGGAAUGCUCUGGUCUCGAUGAACUCGCCCCCGUGCUGCAGACUUUUUUCGCGGAUUUGUUCGUUCAAGAACACGUCCGUCUCGACGCGGUCGUGUGCCUGUGCGAUUCGCCACGGUUGGUGCGCACGCUGAUGACGCCGCCGCCGCCGCCGCUGCCGCCGACAAUAGCGGAGGGCAACAGCGAUGCGAAGAGCUCAACGCCGGUCGAGGAGGGCGGGGAAGAAGAAGAAGAAGCGGCCGACUCGAGCGCUGCUGCUGCUGCUGCUACCCUAGUGAAGAGCCAGCUGGCCCUGUCGGAUCGAGUCCUGCUGAACAAGUCGGACCUCAUCUCUCCUGCCCAAGGAGACGCUCUGGUGGAUGCCGUCAAGGCGAACUUCCCCGGCGCGUCGGUGACGCGCUGCGAGCGCGGUAAGGUGGACGUUGAUCUCGUCCUGGGGGUAGACAGCUUCUCGCUCGACAAGGCUCUCGAGAUGGACAAGCACUUCGCGGACAUCCUCGCCGACAAGAAAAAUAACUCCGACAAGCACGACCGACGCCACCACCACGGGGAAGCCAAGGCAAACACACCGCCACACGGGGGAGCCGAGAAGAGCGCAUCGGCGGCAACAUCAUCCCGGGGUCGCGAGCAUCGCCACGCGCACGACCGCCUAGGGGCGCAGAGCGUCGGGGUGGAGGUUGCGGAGAGGCCGAUCGACUGGGCCAAGUUCACCUCGUGGCUCAAGGGCUUCCUCGAGAAAGAAGGCGAGGAGUUGAUCUGGAGACUGAAGGGGGUGUUGUGGACGACCGCCGCUAGCGGGAGCGGCGCCGCGACGACGUGGGGCUGGGGGGCUGGAAGGCGAACGGUAGUGCAGGGGCUGUACGGCCACUUCGAGUCCGAGGUAUCUGAUUGGCCCGCUGGGGCAACACGCGUCUCUCGGAUGGUGUUCAUCGGCGACCUGUGUCCCAGGGUACAGGAGGCGCUGCAAAGGGGGGUCCGCUCGUGCGUUGCGUCACGCCGAGCCCGGCCACUGCCCCCGAAGCCGCGCGCUAUCGCAGGAAGGGAGCGUGGUAGCGGUGUCGGCGGCGGUGGCGGUGGAUUCGCUUCUCGCCUAGGGUCCGUCAAGUUUGGGGGAGGGGAAAAUGAUCUGUUCUUGUAGACCAAAGUGUUUUUCUCGCGGAGAGGGCAGGGUGGGAGCCGGAAGUUGGAUAGAUGAGAACCAAAAAUAGGUACAAGUUUCUUGGCGCCACGUGAUUGAUGAAUCUCGAGCAGGUUGGCAACAGCCCACCUUCCCUCUGGCAGAGACUAAUAGCACCUUCUUGAUUGCACCCGCGUUUAGACCUAGCGAUGCGAAAUCGCGUACUUUUGUGCACCAAUGCGUAGACUCGGUUACACAACAGCAGCAGACCUGAGGUGGUUCAGUUGUUAGCCUCGCAUGUUUUGUUACCUUCUGGGACGUGGGUUGGAAUCUCGGCGCAGCAAUCUGGAUUUGUUCUUCCAAUACAUGUAUGCCAAGUC